AUGCGCAGUGAGAUUGUCUUGGACUUUGCCUCGGCCGAGGCUGCCACGUAUGCGUACGAGACCCUCAAUGUCGACGACGAGAUUUCGCCCGAGAAGAUCACCAAGCAGCUCUCGACCAAGGGCCACCAGCUCAUUGCGUACGUCGCUAUCCGCAUGCUCCGCGCCGCUGCCUCGUCGUUCUACGACAUGGCGCUCGUGACCUCGCGCGUGCUUUUGGAGUUUGACGAUUUGGGGUUUGACGAAUAG